AUGGAUAAACUCACUACAAAGAUCGGGGCUGCCCCAUGUUCAAAUACCGAUUUCAGGAAAAGAUUGUCUGCAAUUGUUUGGACAAAUUCUUUAUUGCCCGAAGCGUUUGAGCCUGAAUGGGCAGCUAUCUUAAAUGAUUUCGGUUUAACCGACCAUGAAUGGCUAACGUAUAUAUACGGGCUCCGUGAAUCAUGGAUUCCAGCUUACUAUCGCGAAGAAGAAAUGUCUGGACUUAUGCGGACGUCAUCUAGAUCUGAAAGCGAGAAUCAUUUUUUGGCAAGAUUAGCAAUCCAAAGUGCACUUUGGUUGAAUUUCUUAGCCACUUCGACACAACUAUCGAAGCGCAAAGACACGAGCAUCGAAAAACCGAUCAUGACACUCGAUACACCAACCCUUGUCAGAUUAGAUCAUGUCGGUGAUUUCAUUAGGUUUUCUAUUAAGGAUCUCGAUCAGCCAUGUUCUGCAUUCUUUGAGGUUAUGAUACGUGAGGAGGAUGUUACUAUUAAAUGUAACUGCAACAGGUUUGAGCAGUUUGGAUUGUUGUGCAGUCACAUUUUUUGUGUGUUAAGGAUUCUUGAUGUAAGGGAGUUUCUGAAACAAUAUAUAUUGAGGCGAUGGACGCUUGAAGCUGUUCCAAAUAGUUCCCCCGGGUCCAUUCUUAUGGAUGGCGGUGAUCCAGAUCGUUCGGAGUUUAUGUCAGUCGCUGACGAGGCUCAGAUAAAUGCACCUCCCAAGACACGACGUAAUCAAUUUGCUGAACUGCUGGGAGUUGCUCCAGUGAGCACGACCACUAUCCGUGUUCCAGUUGGUACCAGGUUCAAGGGUUGUGGUUCUCAUAAACGCCUCAAAUCUCAAAAGGAGCGAGCCAUAAGUCAGUCUGGAAGCACUUCGCGGAAUGCUGAAGGUAAUGCUACUACAAUCGGUGAAGGUGACGCUGCUACAGUUGUUGAAGGUGAUGGUCCUGGUUCAAAAGAUGUUGAUGAUGUGUUACACAUCAAGAAAUGA